UUUAUUCUGGUUUCCUUCUUUUCCAUGUUGUUUUGAAAGCUCAUGGCAUGCUUAGACAUGUAUAAUUCCGAGCAUAAAAGUCAUCAUCAUCACUGUCCCCCAAUGAGUUCAAGAAUCUCUUUCUCAAAUGAUUUUGUUGAGACUCAGCAGAUUAUGAAGCAAGAAAAGAACUCGAGAGAGGCUCCACCUGUGUCCUCGGACUUUGAAUUCUCAGUGUCAAACUAUUCCAUGAUGAGUGCUGAUGAGCUUUUGUUUAAGGGUAAGCUGUUGCCAUUUAAAGACGAUUGUAGCAAUCAAAUGCAAAGGACUUUGAGAGAAGAGCUUCUUGCUGGGGACGACGACGACGAUGAUGAUAAUGUAACAUUGACUCCUCCUAAGGGCGCCACUAGGUGGAAGGGUUUUCUGGGUCUCAAAAAGGUUGACAAGAAUGAAGGGUAUAUGGAGAAAAUGGGUGACAGUAAAAGAUCUGCUUUUGUUCAUGAGGAACUUUUAACUGAAGGAGGACCAAAUUGCAGGAAUGUGGAGAUUGGGAUAUAGUUACAAUUCUUGAAGGGGGGUCAUAACUUGUAGAAAUGUGGAACAUUUGUAUUUUUUCAAAGAAAAAAAGGGUCUGGGGUUUGAUUUAAAUCUUUUUAUUUAUUUAUUUUGCUU